AUGGCGUGUGCCACUUCAGCUGGGUUUGUCCUUGGAAUGGGUAGUACUUCCAAGUUCUAUCUAAUACUCCUGGCACGCUUUGUAUUUGUAUAUGCUGGAGUGUUCUCGAAGCAGUUUGCAGCCAUGGCUCCGAUCGAACAAGAACUCUUCGCCCCAUUGUCUACUUCGAGUUCCUCCAAGGACACUGCGAGAGCCGCCGCGGACAACAUCUGUGCUGCAUUCAAGGGCAACGUCGUCCACUAUUCCACGUCUGAUGAUAGUCGCUGGGAGCCAGGUCUGGAGAACUUGACUGCUGCCACAUCCGCCCUGGAUGCGGCAGCAAUUCCCAGGACAGAUCUGACACAACGGCCUGCUGCCUCGAAUCGUUUUGCUUCACAUCUGGCAGAUCAGUAUAUAGAUGAUUUGCAGGAUCUGCCAGUGAUUUCUGGGCAGACCCUCAUGGGCAAGGUGUUGCAAGUCAAGUCUGCAUCAGAGGGUGGAAAUCCACACAUCAGCCUCACCACAAAACUAUCGCGUGUGUCAUCCCAUCCUGAAGAGGAUGCUGUGAACUUGCUUGAAUCCUACUUGGAAGAGGAGAAAAAGCUGUUGAACCUUCUUCUUGAUGAGGGAGAUCCAUUGUUGAAGCUUGAAGUAGGUCAAGUUAUCAAGGGAAAAGUGACAAAAGUUCUUCAGUCCAAGAAAAAACCUUCCAGUGUCAGAAUCACACUUGAUGGAGGUGUUCCAGCCGCUGCCACUCUUACAUCCAAUGACAAUGUGAGUGUUGGAGCAGAUGUCACUUGCAUUGUUGCAUAUUGUACACCACAGAAGAGGAGAGCCAUUGUCUCAAUAUGCAAAGAAACACAUAUGAAGAAGAAACUCAACAAAGAGCAGACCAUGAAAUUAAAAGAAGAAGGCCUGAUGUUCAAAAUCAUCCAUAUAGACAACGUGUUUGCCAUUGCCCAAUGGAAGGAAACAGCAGUCUUUCUUUUUGUUCCAUUGAAGUAUCAUCUUUGUGACCUCAUUCCUCAUGAAACUGAUUACAGAAUUGGUGAAAACAAGAAACUGAAAAAAAUCAAGAAGAAACGCAAAAGAAUUGAGAGUGGUGGUGAAAAUUCCGGGGAAACUGAGACUACACCAAGCAAGGAAGUAACUGUCAAGAACAGUUCAUUGAGUGAAGAUGUGUCAAUUAUGCUUGAGGAAGAAGACAUUGAUGAAGAAACACAAGCAAAGCAAGGGAAGCCCAGAGAAACACUGAAGGCUGGAGAGAUUGAUAAAGCACGGGUUGUGGGAAGAAGAGCUCUCCGCACGAUUGCCUUCCGUGAAGAAGGGGAAAAACUAAAUGUAUGGGUAGCCCUACUGAAUAUUGAAAAUCUCUAUGGGACACAGGAGACUCUGACCGAAACAUUCCAAGAAGCUGUUCGGUUGAAUGACCCUCUCCAAGUCCACGAGAAGAUGGUAUCUAUCUUUGUAAGCAGUGGAAAACAAGAUCAAGCAGAGGAACUCUACAAGAAGAUGCUGAAACGCUUCCGGGACAACAAAUCCAUUUGGAUCUCUUGUGGAGAGUUUUAUAUGAAGAAUGGGAAAUGGGAAAAUGCCAGAGGGACAAUGCAGAAAGCUUUGAAGAGCCUCCCUAAAUCCCAUCAUGUGGAAGUGAUCAGUAAAUUUGCCUUAAUGGAGAUGAGAAAUGGGGAAGCUGAGAGAGGAAAGACGCUCUUUGAAACUCUUCUUACCACCUACCCAUCUAGAGUUGAUAUCUGGUCCAUAUAUGUGGAUGGCCUGGUGAAACUUCAAGACAUCAAGUCUGCUCGGGCUGCAUUGGAGAAGGCAAUAUCACAGUCACUGCCUCCAAAAAAGAUGCGAUGUCUUUUCAAGAAAUAUGUGGCUUUUGAAGAAUUGCAUGGAACUUCAGCUGAUUUGAGCAGAGUCCGAGAAUCUGCAAGACAGUAUUUGGCCCGCAUCACCAAUAUCAGCAUGGAGUGAAUCCCUUGCUGUUUUUUUCCUCUUGCAUGAUGUUGGUCAUUUUUUCCUAAGGAAAAACACCAGAGGAAUGAAGUUGUUUGCAUUUGACUUGUUCACCUAUCCCAUUUAAUGGUUAUCAUCUAUUGAUUGAUGGAAUCAGUUAAAGUUGAAGGAUGUUAAAGGAUGAAGUUGAUUUAAUCCCCCUUGUGUUUUCUUGUUUCAUGCUUGCAAAUAUGGCUUGCAUCCAACCACAACCUUCUGCCCUUUCUUCGGUAUUAAAUUUUCUUAUGGACUUGA